UCGACUCAAAAGAGUGAUUCAUUUGUGAAUGGGGAAUCGUUCAUGAAAAAAGAGACAGCGCACUUGAAAUCAACUACGCACUUAUUAACAUGUACAGUAUUGCAUUAAAAUAAAGUAACGAGAGGAACGUCACCCGAAGUAAAGCGAAGUAAAAGUAGAUUUUCAUUAUAAAUGUACUCAAGUUAAAGUAAAAGUACCCACAUUUAAAUCUACUCUAAAAAAGUACAUUUUCCCCCCAAAAAACUACUCAAGUAAAAGUAACUAAGUAAAUGUAGUACUCACCUGCACUAAACACUGCGUCAUACGGCUCUAACAAGGCAAUUUCCCAUCCCUUUGACCUGAAGUUGGACCCAAAAGGCUAUAAAUAACCCCUCCUCCAAAAAUCUUUGUCAUUCAUCUUCCAAUGCCAUCUGCACCCACACACCACUCACACACUCACCAUUCCUUUGAUUUGCUGUCAUUUGUCCGACUUUGAGAUUUCUGCGAGAAUGGGAUUAUCUGAUUGCCCGCUUUGCCUCCGCGAGUACAGUCAACUCAGCCAGCACCUGAGGGUCACCCACGGAGUGAUGAACAGAGAAGAAAGGAAGCUGCUCCUCGCCAUCCCGUCCGGGAGGGUGGACGUCCGUAAUGGCAACUGCCCUGUGCCCGGCUGCGACAUGUCCACCUCCCGGAUGGACCGCCACCUGAAGAGCCACACGGAGCUGACGGCCGCGGCUCGACGGCAGGUCAUGGAGUCUCUGAAGCACAGAAAAAUUCUGCGUAACCUCGCCGAGCUGCGGGCCAGCGACCCGGCCGUGGCCAUGGCCUCCUCGCUCGACCUGCACGAGUCCGAAGAUACGGAGGAGCAGCAGCAGCCAUGCAACAACCCCAGGUGCCAAAGAGAGCGGGAGGACCUCCGAAAGCAGCGGAAGGACCUCCGAAAGCAGCGGAAGGACCACCGAAAGCAGCGGAAGGACCUCCGAAAGCAGCUGGAGGACCUCCGAAAACAGGUCAGUGCGCUGAUCGAGGCGCUGGCACAUAUGUCUCGCCGCUGUGUCCUGAUGGAGAAGAGGUCGCAGGAAGCCCCCUCCAGCCACCAGCCACCAGCCAGGCCUACCCAGACCCCGACCCCGCUGCGAAGACGGGAGAGGAGCCAGAGGAGAGGGGCCGCUUCGGGGCCGAGACCAUCAAGCAGCGUCGGUUCCCCUGGUCCAGCUGUCCCCGCUGAAGUCGCUGAAGCUGCCGAACCUGUUCAGAAACGGCAGCGGAAGCAGACCGAGUUCUUUUUUUAGAUGUGUAUCCCACCCUGUUCCAUUUUGGUGUUCUGUUGUUCUUUGUUCACUGUGUUAAUAAAUGUUUGAAAAGUU